CGUUGACAUUGCCUUGCUAUGUGGUUUCAUCGGAUAAAAGAUCAGCUAGCUCUGCAGAGAAAGACUCAGUCUGACAGACAAGGCAUAGAGUUUGCAUCGUAAGCAAGUGUGCAUUUGCGGAGGAACAAGAAGACAGAGUUCCAUUUUAACUGUCACCAGGAAGUGUGUGAAGACCGUGCUGAAGGUUGAGGGUGUGAGGCAGGGAAAGUUUACUAACAGAAGAAAGGGCACUCAGGGGGCUGAAGUUGCUAUAGUGUAAGUUACCGUUCGAACUGUGAGUUAAAGAGAGGAAGCAGAAAUGGAAAGAGCACAUGGGCAAGGAGCGAGUCUGGACUGAAGAUGUUUGAAGACCGUGACUUGGAACUGCCUCUGCCACUUUCACCUGGACACUUUUAGAGCAGCUGGUUAUUAAAACCCCAAUGUCAGGGAUGCUCUCUGGCCAAAGGAGUUCCUCAAGUUGUGAUCGAAGCACUUGAAGUAGUUUAUCUGCCAGCUCUACCUCCCCACUUAUUUGCAGAGACCCUGUGGGUCACUGAACGCCUCAGCUGGAGCAUGGCCUGCACCUCUCUGCCAUAAUCCCACUUCACAUCUCUCUAUGGAACACUACAGGUGCUAAUCUCCACAAAGGUUGUCCAACUGAGCUCUGAGAAGCAAGCCCAGGGCCAUCGCUAUCAUGACGACUGCCAUCCUGGAGCGCCUGAGCACCCUGUCUGUGAGUGGGCAGCAGCUGCGCCGUCUGCCCAAGAUUCUGGAAGAAGGGCUUCCCAAGAUGCCGUGCACCGUCCCAGAAACCGACGUGCCCCAGCUCUUUAGGGAGCCGUACAUCCACGCGGGCUAUCGCCCCACGGGGCACGAGUGGCGUUACUACUUCUUCAGCCUCUUUCAGAAACACAACGAGGUGGUCAACGUCUGGACCCACUUGCUGGCGGCCCUGGCGGUCCUUUUGCGAUUCUGGGCCUUUGUGGAGGCAGGGGCAUUGCAGUGGGCCUCUCCCCACACCCUACCCCUGCUCCUCUUCAUCCUGUCGUCCAUCACUUACCUCACCUGCAGCCUCUUGGCCCACCUGCUGCAGUCCAAAUCAGAGCUGUCCCACUACACUUUUUACUUUGUGGACUACGUCGGGGUCAGCGUCUACCAGUAUGGCAGCGCAUUGGCUCACUUCUUCUAUAGCUCGGACCAGGCUUGGUAUGAGCGGUUCUGGCUUUUCUUCCUGCCGGCGGCUGCUUUCUGUGGCUGGCUCUCCUGUGCUGGCUGUUGCUAUGCCAAGUAUCGCUACCGACGGCCUUAUCCCGUUAUGCGGAAGAUCUGUCAAGUGGUACCAGCAGGGCUGGCCUUCGUCCUAGACAUCAGUCCCGUGGCACACCGCGUGGCUCUCUGCCACCUGGCCGGUUGCCAGGAGCAGGCGGCCUGGUACCACACCCUCCAGAUCCUCUUCUUCCUUGUCAGCGCAUACUUCUUCUCAUGCCCUGUACCGGAGAAGUACUUCCCUGGUUCCUGUGACAUUGUGGGCCAUGGGCAUCAAAUCUUCCACGCCUUCCUUUCCAUCUGCACGCUCUCCCAGCUGGAGGCCAUUCUUUUGGACUACCAGGGACGCCAUGAGAUCUUCCUCCAGCGCCAUGGUCCCCUAUCUGUCUAUGGCGCCUGUCUCUCCUUUUUCUUUUUAGCUGCCUGCAGUGCUGCCACCGCCUCCCUCCUGAGGCACAAGGUCAAGGACAGACUGAUUAAGAAAGAUUCCUGAGGUCGUCUAAUGAGGAAAGGUGUGGAGGUGUGGGCUACUGUGACUUGGAGAAAACUUGACCUGAUAACAGAAGUUGACUUUUUAUUUUUAAGGCUUGAUUUAAAAAAAAAUUAAUAUGUAUUACAGACUGAGGAUGAAACUCAAUUGGUAGAGAGUGCUUAUACAGCAUGCAGGAAGCCCAGGGUUUGAUCCCAGUGCCGCAAAAGCCAGGAUAUUAGCGUUCAAGGAGGCAGAGGCAGGAGGAUCAGAAAUUCUAGGUCAUCCUCCGACAUAUAGUGAGUUCAAGGCUAGCCUUUGAUACAUGGUACCUUAUCUCCUCCCACCCCCAAAAAGAUUAUUAUCUAUUUUCAAAGGCAUGGUAUGACUAUGGAAUUUCAAAUGCAGGCCAUUUGAGAGUUUUAAAACAGAGUGUUCAUUUUUCUGUCUGGGUUAUAGCCUUGUUUGGGAAGAGAUCUUAGCUAAGAUUCAUGAGAUCCCAAACUAAGGAGAACUGUCCUCACCCAUGAGCAAUGAGCAGACUUCUGGGCGUGGCUUCCAAAGCUUAGUCCUGGAACUAGACAGAUAAUCAAACUGGACUGCUAAGCAGACUGGCUGUUCCUUACCCUAACAGAGCAGCCACCUUCCGCCACUGGGCUUGGUAUCUGUAUAAAUCGACCCACGGACUCUGGCUAAUCAGGAUUUCAGAUUGUCUAGGGCGGAAAAGAAUCAGAAUCUUCAAGAAGAUUCCUUGAAACUCUUAGACAGAAUGGACUGGUCAGUUUCUCUGAUGUCUGCUCUCAGCCACUGCACAUCUGGUUCUUCUCUCAGGACAACCAACUAAGCUGGCUGGUUUGGCUGAAGCACGCCUGUCCGCAUCCUUAGCCUUCAUGGUAGUGUAAAGAAUCCUGAAGCUAUUACACUUCCAGGAAAUGCUUGGAGCCACGUGAACAUUCAGGAAGCAGAUUCUCACGUAAUAACAGGAACGUCGACAAAUUUAAGUGCCAAGAGCUAUUGGGAGACCCAGCCAGCAAACAUGGAUAUCCUUGCCUGUUUGCUGCCCCCUGGGGCCCUUGUAGUUUCUAUCUGCGGGCCACAGUAUUAACAGCAAGCCAUUUAGGGUUGUCUUGCAGGUUAGGAGAGACUGAUUGUCUAAAGGUUUGAACAGAUUCUUUUAAAAGCAUGGUUCUAAAGUUCUUCAAGAAAGCUGAUUAUUUCAACAGGAUCCUAAGAUCCAAGGUUCGAGUUUCUGUUAGCUGCUGUCCCAUGAAGGACCAACCCAGCUACCCCAGUUCGGGCUCCUCAAACAGGCAGUUCCACCUCAGAUUUGAGAAGACACCUUAAAAUGGGUCCUAGGACGGGUAAAUGUGUGCUCACUGUCGUUGGCCCCUGAAGGUCCGUUGAGUAAGAACGAGGCACCUGAUGGCCAAGUGCACUGUGGGUGAUAUUGCUGCCAGCCCCUGAUGUGAGGGGAGUGGUGCUUGCAUCUGAUAUGUUCUGGCCACACAGCUUUCCCAGAGGACCAUCUUCUGCAUGACUCCAGUGAAGGAGGCUGGGCUUGGAUGCCUUCUACUCGAAGGCUGCGUUUCCUAUCAGUAUAAGGUCCCUGUGUACUAAAAAGGGAAGCUAAAGUUUUCAACUCCAGUUUAAUGAAUCUCCCCUACUAUUAGGUCACUUUCUAGUCUUAAAACUUUUGUUUUCUAUCUUUUGUGUGUGUGUGUGUGUGUGUGUGUGUGUGUGUGUGUGUGUGUGUGUGGCUUGUGGAUUUCGUGCCUUAUACAUGGGAAUGUCAACUUUUAUUUCAAUAUAUGUACACAUGGAAUUUUCUGUUUUGUGUUCUUGGGAUGAGAAAAACAAAAGGAACCCCAGAAAGCUAGAGUGACUUGUCAAUCAACUAUUAAUCUGUAUUUGAGGUCAGCAGAAGUACCCCCCUACUGCCUUUAAAUCAAGAAAGCAGGUUGUCUCCUGCACUGUUUUAUUAGAUGGGUUUCUUGUUUAUUCAUAGUCAAGAAGAGGAAGGUCUAUGCUAGCCCAGUGACCCAAGGUUCUGGUUGUCUAGGCCAAGUUCAUGCCAAGGAAUGUGAGGAAAACUGAACUGGUCUGAACUGAGCAAAGUCUGGUUGGGGUGUGUAUGUGUAAACACUACAAGUAGAGGGUCUGUUUUAAAAUGGGAACCAGAAAGUGCUAGAAAUUCUGUUGUUAUGGAUUCAAAGACUGUAUUCUUUUAAAAGUUGGUGGGAAAGGUGAGAGAGGAAAAGGAGGGGAAGGUAUUCUUGUGGUGGUGUCUGUGAACAGAGAACAGAUUUUAUUCUUUCUUUAUUUCUUCCUUUCUUUCUUUCUUAAGAUCAGAUCUCACUGUAGAACCCAGGCUGGCCUGGGAAUCCUUAUGUAGACCAGGCUGACCUUGAACUCUAGAACUCUAUUAUAGAGAUCAACCUGUCUCUGCCUCCCAAGUGGCAGGGCCAAAGGUGUGCACACCACUCUCAGCCUUGUGGACAGACAUCUGGGUUUUCCAAUGGUCCUGCAGCCCAGUGUGGAGCUGAACUGCGCUCCUCAUGUGUCUGUGACACCAUAAGUGUAAAACACAAGAUGCUGGCACUCAGCUUCUAGUUUAAUUAUACAAAUGUUGCUAACUAUUGAUUUGGGAACUGAUAAGAAAGAAAAAAAAGUGAUGUCUGUGGAGUCGGGACUUGAACCCAAGACCUACAGCAUGUUAACCAAGAGCUCCCUCAUUGACCUACACCCCAGGCCAACAACAGUGUAUGUGUAAUAGAUAUUUGGGGGAGCACUGAGGUUGGCGACUGUGAUCUUCCCUGAAAACAGUAUCUAUUGGAAUAAUGCAAAUGCCUUUACAAAUGCAUACACAAAAUGGGUGAUUUUUAACUCUUAAAAUUCCUCAGUGUCAUCAAAAUGAGCCUAUCAGUAUGGUAAAGACUAAGAAUUGUAAAAAGGAGUAUGCAUGCCUUUUGAUUUUACAAUGGAGUUUGCCACUCUGCAAUAUCAGCAUAGUGUUAAAAAAGAUCUAAGGGAGAUAGUUAUCUUGCUGUCCAAAACUAGAAAUGUUGGUGGUUGCCUCUCUUAAUUAAGAAUUUAAACCCAUUAGUAUGUAAAUGCAUCUGAUAAAAUUAAACUAUCAGUCAUCUACACUUUCUCAUGAAUAUAACUCUUGUGGGUUGAUAUAAGGCCCUACUUAGUUCAAGAAGAGGGGCCCACAGGAUGUAUUUGGGGGUGCCUUGUCUCUCAUUUCAGAAUCCUGAUUUCUGUUUGCCAAUGAAGGCUGUUUCUGUUAUUUAUGGUUCGAGGUAUUUGUUUUGUUUGAGGUGGACCUCGCUGUGUAUCCCAAGUUGGCCUGGAACUCCGGAUUGAUUCUCCUGUCGAAGUUGUCCAAGGAGCUGGGAUUACAGGCUACACCAACACCACAUCCAAUUGUAAUGAAACUAAUUUUAAAGUUCUUAAAGAUUUCAGGGUUACAGUUUCAGCUCUUAAGCCUCUCAAUAACAAUAGUGCAAGCCAUGGACUGGAAGCUUGAAACAGAGUUUAGAGUCCUACGGAAGAGAAGGGCAGUUUAGCCCUGUUUCUGUCGCCCUCCUCCACCUGUGUCUGGUUACUGCUCUGUAGUUCCACCUGGAUCCUCCAGAGGGCGAUGUAGUCUCACUCAGUGCUUCUCUCAGAGCUUGUUGCCAAGGCUUCACGGCUAACUGUUUUGCUUGGUUAAAGUGUGGAAUUAUUUUCUGUCUCUAAAAACCUACUUACAUGAAUAAUUAUUAAACAGAUUUUGUACAUGAA